AUGGCUUCAGGGAAAUGGAAAGACUACAGGAAACUGAGACAACAGAUGGACAUGGAUCCCCCAGAUCCAUUUAUCCAACCGGUCGCCGACUUGGAUGACAUGAUAUAUUUGGCAAAGGUAGAUGGUUGUAAAAGGGGUGAACUAUAUUGCUUAGAUCAGCAUCGGGACUCCUCCGCAGGAAUUUGAGGUUGUUUUGGACACGGGGAGUGCGAAUCUUUGGGUUCCCGACAGUUCUUGCCAUCCACCAGAGUCUCCAAAAAUGGAUAAGAGCGUCUUUGGAACAUCUCUAGAUUGCCCAGAUUACUGCAAAGAGCUCCCGAAAGAAGCCUGUCCAUUGGUUUGUGGAGAAUCUUGCUGCGAUGAGAUUAGAAGUCAACAAAUUAACCUGGAAAUGGCACAAAUUUUAAGAGAUCAUGGCGCGGCACCGUAAGUUGGACUGCAAUUUAAAAAAAAAUUGGAUUGCAGAGUUGAUCCCUGCUCCAAGAAACAUCGCUUUGCCAGUGGGGAUUCAAAUACUUAUGUCAAGAAUGGGUCUGAUUGGAAGAUUUCGUAUGGGACUGGAAGUGCCCAGGGAUUUUUUGGAGCUGAUAAAGUCUGCGUAAGCAUACUGUAACUUUAAAAAUAUGUUCAGUUUGCCCCUACCAGUCUCUGCAUCACCGCCCAAACGUUCGGCCAAGCCUCUUCUUUAGCCCCAUUUUUUGCGGAUCAGCCGAUUGAUGGGAUCCUUGGCCUGGCCUUUCCUUCCAUUGCCGUGGGCCAUGUAACUCCUCCAUUCAUCAGUGCGGUGGAACAAAGUUUGGUAGAUAUUUCUUUGAUUUUUUAUUUUUACCGUACUUAUAGUUGUUAGUUCCUUUUCUUCAGGUGGAACAUCCCGUUUUUACCGUGAUCAUGGAUCAUUCUGGACCUGCGGAAAAGGAUGACGGUGGAUGGUUUACUUACGGCGGCUUCGAUGAAGAGCACUGUCAGGAAGAUGUGUUCUGGAUGCCUUUGACUCAGCCUGCCACUUUCUGGCAAUUCGAAAUUCAAGGGUAUCCGGUUUUGGUUUUCAACAUUCCUAUACAAUCUUUUCGAAUUUCAAAAAUUAUUUUUCAGUGCAAGAGUUGAUGAUCUGGACAUACUAGAAGCGUCCCACGCCAUUUCCGAUACAGGCACCAGCUUGAUCUCGGGUCCACCAGAAAUUGUCAGCAAAAUAGCGGAUAAGGUCGGGGCUUGGUAUGAAGAAGAAGAAGGCAGUUACUUCAUCGAUUGUAAGGCAAGGCCUCCUCCAGUCGCGUUGAAAGUGGGCGGUAAUGAACUCUUUAUCCACUCCAGAGAUUACAUUCUCCCUGUCGCUGAAAAAAGAUGUCAGUUUGGGUUCUUUGUUUUCAACACCGGUCCAUCGGGACCACAGUGGAUUCUGGGAGAUCCAUUCUUGAGGUCUUACUGUAACAUCCAUGACGUAAAAAAUGAGAGGAUCGGAUUUGCAAAACCAAAAUUCACAUAAUUUUGACGAAAAGAAUUUUAAAUUAUUUACAUUUGCGAUUGAAAAAAAUAAAAGUUUUGAAAAAAGCAAACUUCGUUUGUUUCGAUCAGUUUGAAAUUGCUUGACUUGAAGUUCGGUCGGGUUGCUUCUCUAAAUAUGGCCGGAGAAGCGUCAACGACCUUCGACUCCAAGACCAGCAGCGAGCCCGCUAGGGCCUCUUGCCAAAAAGAAAUCGAAGCCGAAUCCGUCAAUGAUUUCAUCCAGACCAUGACCUCGGGCGGAAGAGCUCAAGUUGUUGCCGAGCAUGACAAAAUCAAGAAGAAGGAACGCCAUGUUUUCAACUUCAUGAACAAUCUUGAUGUAGGCGAUCAGUCCUUUACAACACUUUUCAGAAAAACCGUUUCUCGAACAUCCUCCUGUUCAACGAAGGCGCUGUUAAAUUGAAGUCCCAAUCGGCCAAUGAGACCGAUUAUAUCCACGCCACCAUCAUCAGAUCCCAUUACGGUAACUAUAUCUUGGCCCAAGCUCCUCGCUCUGAUACGAUCAAUGAAUGGUACCGGAUGAUCUGGCAAUAUCGAGUUCAAGUAAUCGUAUGUCUGUUACCGCUGACUGAUCCCGAAGAGUGCUACAAGUACUUUGAAUUAAAGGCCGGCAAGAAAGUCAAGGUCUGUUUGGAGUCAUCUUGUAAUCAUAAAAAUUGUGAUUCGUUUCAGAAGGGUAGAUUUACUGCCAAAACUUUUGCAGUCCGUCAAGAAGGCCAAUGUUUCAUCUACGAAAUCCGCUUUUCGAAUAACAGUCCAGGCCGAGGAGAAGAGAAAGAACGUGUUUUGUAUGUGGUCCAUUUCCCCAAAUGGACGGUGAGACGACAAAUCAUGUAAUAAUUGCCUCCAAAAUUUUAUUCUAGGUCUCGAAGCCUCCAGACUCCAAGACUGUCAUCCAGAUCCUUCGAACCACUUGGGCCCUGGAACAAUCGCAAAGAUUAGGUCGGGACCAGGAGGGGAUUAUCCUUGUUCACGGAUGCAGUGGCGUUAGAAGGACUGGGACUUUGGUUAUCUCGGCCAUGUUAUGUCGGCAAAUCAGAGAGAAGAAGAACAUUGCCCUUCUGGCUAUUUGCGCCAAGGUUCGGAGACUGAGAUAUGGGGUUCUGCGAAAUAAAGUCAUGUUCGCCUUGAUUCUGGAGACAGCUCUAACGUUUGGCGCUGAUCAAGGACUCUUGGAUAAAAGAUCUCAAAAUUAUUCUGGAGCGGUUCAAGUAAGGAACUGGUUGAACGAUUCUGAGGUUUUUUUAGAAGAUUAGAGCGUCCGUAAAAGAUGGAAAGAAAGAAGGGGAUGAGAAUCAGAAUACAGGCGAAACUCCCGGCGCCAACUGA